CUGACGUCAGCGGCCUCUUCCCUGCCUAUGCCCUCGUGAGGUGGGCAGUGUAAAAUUUUGUCAGCUUUUUCCAUUAAGUGAAUCCUAAAACAUCGGGCAAAAUGGUGAACUUUACCAUAGACCAGAUCCGUGCUAUCAUGGACAAGAAGGCCAACAUCCGUAACAUGUCUGUGAUUGCUCAUGUCGAUCAUGGAAAGUCAACUCUGACAGACUCACUGGUGUCAAAGGCUGGUAUCAUUGCCUCGGCUCGUGCUGGGGAGACCCGUUUCACAGACACACGCAAAGACGAACAGGAACGUUGCAUAACCAUCAAGUCUACCGCCAUCUCAAUGUUCUAUGAGCUCAGUGAAAAUGACAUGGCCUUCAUUAAGCAGGCCAAGGAUGGUUCUGGCUUCUUAAUCAACCUGAUUGACUCACCAGGACACGUUGACUUUUCAUCUGAAGUGACUGCUGCUCUCCGUGUGACUGAUGGAGCCUUGGUUGUAGUGGACUGUGUGUCUGGUGUUUGUGUGCAAACUGAGACAGUGCUCCGUCAGGCCAUUUGUGAGCGUAUCAAGCCAGUCCUGAUGAUGAACAAGAUGGAUCGUGCCUUGUUGGAGUUGCAGCUUGAACCAGAAGACCUCUAUCAGGCUUUCCAGCGUAUUGUUGAGUCGGUCAAUGUGAUCAUCUCCACGUACGGAGAAGAUGAACAUGGACCUAUGGGAAACAUUAUGGUUGAUCCAGUCAUUGGUACUAUUGGCUUUGGCUCUGGACUCCAUGGCUGGGCUUUCACUCUGAAGCAGUUUGCUGAGAUGUAUGCAGCCAAGUUUGCUGCCAAAGGCAACACCCAGAUGACACCAGUGGAGCGCUGCAAGAAGGUGGAAGACAUGAUGAAGAAGCUGUGGGGUGAUAGGUACUUUGAUGUAGAUAAUGGAAAGUUUGUCAAGACUGCUACUGGAGCUGAUGGCAAAAAGUACCCCCGCACCUUUGUUGCUCUCAUCCUGGACCCCAUCUUCAAGGUGUUUGAUGCCAUCAUGAACUUUAAGAAGGAGGAAACUGCCAAACUGAUCCAGAAGCUGGAAAUCAAGUUGGAUACUGAGGACAAGGACAAGGAGGGUAAACCUCUCCUGAAGGCCGUCAUGCGGCGCUGGCUGCCUGCUGGAGAAGCCCUUCUGCAAAUGAUCACCAUCCACCUGCCUUCCCCUGUCACUGCCCAGAAGUACCGCUGUGAGCUGCUCUAUGAAGGACCCGGUGAUGACGAGGCUGCCAUGGGUAUCAAGAACUGUGACCCCAAGGCUCCCUUGAUGAUGUACAUCUCAAAGAUGGUCCCCACCAGUGACAAGGGUCGCUUCUAUGCAUUUGGUCGUGUGUUCUCUGGGUGUGUCUCCACUGGCCUGAAAGUACGCAUCAUGGGACCAAAUUUUGUCCCUGGAAAGAAGGAAGACCUCUACUUGAAGCCAAUACAGAGGACCAUUUUGAUGAUGGGCCGUUAUGUUGAGCCCAUUGAAGAUGUGCCAUGUGGCAACAUCGUGGGUCUGGUUGGAGUGGACCAGUUCCUUGUCAAGACUGGAACAAUCACCACCUUUGAGCAUGCACACAACAUGAAAGUGAUGAAGUUCAGCGUCAGCCCUGUGGUGAGAGUUGCAGUGGAGGCCAAAAACCCUGCUGACCUGCCUAAACUGGUGGAGGGCUUGAAGCGUCUGUCAAAGUCAGAUCCCAUGGUGCAGUGCAUCAUUGAGGAGUCUGGAGAACAUAUCGUUGCUGGAGCUGGAGAGCUGCAUCUGGAGAUCUGUCUGAAGGAUCUGGAAGAGGAUCAUGCUUGCAUUCCACUGAAGAAAUCUGAACCAGUGGUAUCCUACAGAGAGACAGUCAGCGCCGAAUCAGAUGUCAUGUGUUUGUCAAAGUCACCCAACAAGCACAACCGUCUGUUCAUGAAGGCCCGUCCCUUUGAAGAGGGCCUGGCAGAAGACAUUGAGAAGGGAGAGGUUUCUGCUCGUCAGGAGCUUAAGGGUCGUGCGCGUUACCUCGCUGACAAGUACGAGUGGGAUGUCACUGAAGCCAGGAAGAUCUGGUGCUUUGGGCCUGAUGGAAAUGGCCCCAACCUGUUGGUCGACGUCACCAAGGGAGUGCAGUACCUUAGUGAGAUCAAGGAUAGCGUUGUGGCUGGCUUCCAGUGGGCAGUCAAGGAGGGCGUCCUCUGUGAAGAGAACAUGCGUGCCAUUCGCUUCGACAUCCAUGAUGUGACCCUGCAUGCAGAUGCCAUUCAUCGUGGUGGUGGUCAGAUUAUUCCCACAGCUCGCAGAGUUCUGUAUGCAUGCGAGCUCACAGCUGAGCCCAGAAUUAUGGAGCCCAUCUACCUGGUGGAGAUCCAGUGUCCUGAAGCUGCAAUGGGUGGAAUCUACGGUGUGUUGACCAAGAGGCGUGGUCAUGUGUUUGAGGAGUCCAGUGUCAUGGGAACACCAAUGCGUGUCAUCAAGGCCUACCUGCCUGUCAUGGAGUCAUUUGGUUUCACAGCUGACCUUCGUUCCAACACUGGUGGCCAGGCCUUCCCACAGUGUGUGUUUGACCACUGGCAAAUCCUCCCUGGAAAUCCAAUGGAGCCUUCUAGCAAGCCAGGUAUAGUUGUCAUGGAGACACGCAAACGUAAGGGUCUCAAAGAAGGUGUUCCAGCCUUGGAUAACUACCUGGACAAAUUGUAAAAGCCCAGACCCCACUUGGCUGUUACUUCAUUCCUUCUUUCCCAACAAAUUCCAGUCUACAUCAUGUGACCGGACUGUACAGAACAUGAGCUGUUGCCACAAAGUUCAUCAGUAAAUAAACUACAAAAAUUGUAAACAAAUAAAGGAAAAUAAAAACAUA